ACGGUCAGACCUCAGAAUCUAAGCGCGUAUUAUCAUUGGAAUCGCUUAGAUAAAGUUCGCGUUCCACCACAGUAGCUAUGUAGUCGUCUACUCAGAAAGACUGUGCUAGUGUUGUGUGGUAUUAUUUCAAAAUGGCGAAGAAAACUUCGGGAUGGAUCACGCCGUUCAAAAAACAGUGCUUCGUGACCCUGGGCGUGUGCCUCAACAUGGCAGCACACGGGCUGGUGAUGGGGUUCAACGCCAUCCUGCUGCCUCAGCUGAGGAAGCCUGACUCCAUCAUACCUAUUGACGACUCUUCAGGGUCAUGGAUUGCUUCCAUCAUCGGCUUCGCUCUCGUAGCCGGCAACUUCAUCGUCCCUCCCGUCAUGGCCAACUACGGCCGAAGAACAGCCAACCUGAUCAGCGUGAUGCCCCUCAUCGUCGGCUGGUUCGCCAUCAUCAUGGCCAAGAGUAUCCCUGUUCUUCUAGUUGCCAGGUUUAUGCAAGGCAUGGCCAUGGGUAUGAGUGCUUCUCUAGGCCCAGUUCUUAUAGGAGAAUACACCAGCCCCCAUAACAGAGGGGCGUUCUUAACUUUAAUAUCCCUAUGCAUAGCAACUGGAGUACUAACAGUCCAUACCAUGGGCUCCUACCUACACUGGCAAACAACUGCCCUCGUCUGCGCGUGCAUUGCCUUCGUAGAUCUAGUCAUUAUUAUUUAUUCACCCGAGUCACCAAGUUGGUUAGCUGAUCAAGGAAGAUAUGAAGACUGUAAGAGAGUCUUCCGCUGGUUAAGAAGUGAGGAAGAAGAAGAAGAACUGAUGAAGAUGAUUGAAGCGAGUACCAUUGUAAGAGAAUCUAAAGUUGAUGCUAAUAUAUCUCAGUCACUUGGCAAAAAGAUACAAAGUGGUGUCGUGUACUUAAAAACUACAUUUAAGAAGAAGGAGUUCUACAAACCUAUUUUUAUUAUGAUGCAUAUUUAUACUUUAGGGCAAUGGGCAGGAGCUAACAUUUUAGCUGCGUACACUAUAGAUAUCUUCCAUCAUGUCAUUGGUACUGAUGUUAAUAUAGCUCUCUUGGUUAUCACUCUCGAUGCACAGAGGAUAGUAUCUAACGCCAUAGCAGUAUUAGUGAUUAAGAAAAUCAAUAGAAGAACAAUGUUAUUUGCAACUGUUAGUGUGAACUUGUUUGCUUUCUUGCUGACAGCAGCCUACACGUACUGCAAGGGUCAGGGCAUGCUGCCUCCUUUCCUUGAUCACCCCAUGAUCGGUGUUGCACUGGUCCACCUUCACAUGUUCACAAUCGCAACUGGAACCGUUCCGUUGCCAUUCAUCAUUGCUGGUGAAGUUUUCCCUCUCGAAUACAGAAGUCUUGCUGGAGGUAUCAGUGUGCUUUUCCUAUCUUCCAACCUCUUCAUAACUGUUAAAACCGUGCCAUUCUUUUUCGGAACACUUGGCAUUCACGGAGCCUAUUGUAUCUACGCCGCUGUGGUCGGCUACUGUCUUGUCAUAGCUUACUUCUUCUUGCCAGAGACGAAAGACAGAACUCUUCAAGAUAUUGAGAAUGAGUUCAGAGGUAGACCGUUGUCUCCUGAAGAGUUGAAGUCUACUCAAUCUUUGACGUCAUGGAAGCUACAUAGUAGAGACAGAAGAUGCAGCAGUCCAGUAGUAUAAUGUAAAAUAGUGAUAUAAUUUGUGAUACGUACAAUGAAAUUAUUUAUAUGUAUAGUACAUUAACAAAUAAGGAUAGCAACUUGUUAGAUUAGAAUAGCACAUAUGAAAGCCUGGAUUUUUAGGUCAUAAUGUGAACAAAUAAAUGUAAAUGACGAAUGUCUUGUAAAUAGUGUUUGAAAAGGUAGUGAUUAAUUAAAUUAUUGACAACUUGAUAUUAUUUAUUAAAGUUAAGUGUUAAAUAUCAUGAAAUAAAAUUGUGAAUAAGAA